CUCUCUUUUCUCCGGACUUCCAAAGGCGACAGGCGCAGGACUGUCUCCGUCUCUUUAGCGGUGCACAUGGCGCUUCCGCACGCUGUUUGUUUUUAUUUUUUUCGCACGCGACUAGUUAAAGUGGUAACUAGGAGAGCACGACUAACUAGUUGUGGGUGAAAUUAUGGGAUGCAUCGUCAUGGCAACAGACCAGACGUCACAAUCUGGGCAUGUGUGUUCCAUUUUUGUCUUUCUUAUUUUUCAGACUGGGAGACCUGGAUAGAGAUCAGUGGAAUAAAAAAAAAAAAAGAAAAAGAUUUUUAACAAUGACAUGUUUUUUUGUCUUUUUUUAGUCCUUCAGAGAAAGCAGCAGAUGCCGUGCAAAAAAAAUAAAAAUUAAAAAAAAAUUAACAGAGCGAGGAUUAGAUUUCUUUUUGGGUGAAGAAAGAGCCUGGGCUGCGGCGUCUGGAGGGUUAACUUUCAGUAUUCUCAGCCUAAAAGGGGUUUGGGGGGCUAUGAGAUAAAGAUGCCGGGGUCGCUGAGUAAUGAAGACGAGGGACAGGACGACAUGGAUUUUGAAGACGAUAUGCCAGACGAAGAUGACGAAGGAGAGCGCAACACCGUUCCCCUCACGCCCCUCGACAGCUUCUUCUCGGACAACGACUCCCUCAAACAACAGAAGAAGAAGAAGCCCAAAAAGAUGAAGGAGGGGAAAAUGCCCAAAGUAAAGAAGAGGAAAAAGGAGGGAGGAAUCCAGGCAAGAGUGGACAGCGACCUGGAGGAGACCUCAGAGGUCGAGGAGGAACGGGAACGUCCUGAAAUAAACUCAGAGAGCGAGAGCAGCACGGCGUAUGGCCCGACCAAGAAGAAGAAGAAGAAACCCAAGGAGAAGAAAGAGAAGAAGCCCAGGAAGAAGAAGAGGGAUGAGGACGAGGAUGAGGACGAGGAUGAUGAUGGGAACAUGAAAGAACCUAAAUCAUCAGGUCAGCUAAUGCAGGAGUGGGGCCUGGAGGAUGUUCAGUAUGGCUUCACCGAGGACGACUAUAAAACCAUCACCAACUACAAAGCUUUCAGCCAGUUCCUCAGGCCUCUCAUCGCCAAGAAGAACCCCAAGAUCCCCAUGUCAAAGAUGAUGACAGUGUUAGGGGCCAAGUGGCGAGAGUUCAGCGCCAACAACCCGUUCAAAGGCGCAUCUGCCACCGCUGUGGCCGCUGCUGUGGCUGCCGCCGUGGAAACCGUUACCGUGGCACAGCCGACGACUGUCAGCAGCAGCCAGCCGAGCUCUCAGCCGGGGCCGAUCAAAAAAGCCAAAACCAAAGAGGGGAAGGGGCCAGGAGUCAGGAAGCGAAGCAAGUCUGUGAAGGAGGUGAAGAAGAAACCGAAGCCCAAGAAGACCAAAUCGAAGUCGGGCCAAAGUGGGAAGAAGAAGAAAGCCUCCUCGAGUGAGGAGGACUUCCUGGAGGAGUCGGACUUUGAUGACAUCAGCAUCCACAGUGCCUCUGUGCUUUCUGAUACCUCGGGGGCCGCCACCAAGAAAAAGGCCCGACGUGGGCGGAAAAAAAGGAAAAAGGAAGACGGUGACGGCUAUGAGACGGACCAUCAGGACUACUGUGAGGUGUGCCAGCAGGGCGGGGAGAUCAUCCUGUGUGACACCUGUCCCAGAGCGUACCACCUGGUGUGUCUGGACCCCGAGCUGGAGAGCCCCGAGGGCAAAUGGAGCUGUCCACACUGUGAGAAGGAGGGAAUCCAGUGGGAGGCCAAAGACGAGGAGGAGGAGGAGGAGGAGCCAGCAGGCGAGGAAGAGGACGACCACAUGGAGUUCUGCAGAGUGUGUAAAGACGGAGGAGAGCUGCUGUGUUGUGACACCUGCCCGUCCUCAUACCACAUCCACUGCCUGAACCCGCCCCUACCUGAGAUACCCAACGGGGAGUGGUUGUGUCCACGCUGCAUGUGUCCCCCUCUCAAAGGUAAAGUCCAGAAGAUCCUGCACUGGACUUGGGGAGAGCCCCCGCUGCCGGCUGAGCUGCCCGCAGGUCCUGACGGGAAGCCCAAUGAUCCGCUGACCAAGCCUCCGCUCAAAGGCCACCCAGAGAGGGAAUUCUUUGUUAAGUGGGCCGGCCUUUCCUACUGGCACUGCUCCUGGGUCAGCGAGCUGCAGUUGGAGCUGUAUCACACCGUCAUGUAUCGGAACUACCAGAGGAAGAACGACAUGGACGAGCCGCCGCCGUUCGACUACGGCUCCGGGGAGGAGGAGCUAAACAACGAGAAGAGGAAGAGUAAAGACCCCCAGUACGCCGUGAUGGAGGAGCGCUUCUACCGCUACGGCAUCAAACCAGAGUGGAUGGUGAUACACAGGAUCGUCAACCACAGUUUCGAUAAAGACGGAGAUGUGCACUACCUGAUCAAGUGGAGAGACCUGCCGUACGACCAGUGCACCUGGGAGGUGGAUGACUUCGACGUCCCAGAAUAUGACGGUCAUAAAGCUUCCUACUGGGACCACAGGUUUGUUAUGUUGGCGUUUCCUCACAUAAAUUCAGAUGUCCCUUCCCGCAAAGUCUCCAUUUGCUAAAUGAUUCAAAAUGUGUUUAAUGUGACUCACAUUAAAUCUGUAUUCUCAUAUCAACAGCCAACCAUUAAGUUCGAGCACCAGCCGUGGUACAUCAACGCCACCGGGGGAACGUUGCACCCAUACCAGCUGGAGGGUCUGAACUGGUUGAGGUUCUCCUGGGCGCAGGGCACGGACACCAUCCUGGCUGAUGAGAUGGGCCUGGGGAAGACGGUGCAGACCAUCGUUUUCCUCUACUCGCUCUAUAAGGAGGGUCACUCGAAGGGGCCUUUCCUGGUGAGUGCGCCGCUCUCCACCAUCAUCAACUGGGAGAGGGAGUUUGAGAUGUGGGCUCCAGAUUUCUACGUGCUGACGUACACCGGGGACAAAGACAGCCGGGCGAUCAUCAGGGAGAACGAGUUCACCUUUGAAGACAGCGCGGUGAAGAGCGGACGCAAAGUGUUCCGCAUGAAGAAAGAUACUCCCAUCAAGUUCCACGUCCUGCUGACGUCCUAUGAGCUGAUCACGAUUGAUCAAGCCAUUCUGGGCUCCAUCACAUGGGCCUGCCUGGUGGUGGACGAGGCCCACAGACUCAAGAACAAUCAGUCAAAGUUUUUUAGGAUUCUGAACGGGUAUAAGAUCUACUACAAGCUGCUGCUCACUGGGACUCCUCUUCAGAACAACCUUGAGGAAUUGUUCCACCUGCUUAACUUCCUCACCCCAGAGCGCUUCAAUAACCUGGAAGGCUUCCUGGAGGAGUUUGCCGAUAUCUCAAAGGAGGACCAGAUCAAGAAGCUUCACGAUCUGCUCGGCCCUCACAUGCUCAGGAGGCUGAAAGCUGACGUUUUCAAGAACAUGCCGGCAAAGACCGAGUUGAUUGUAAGAGUGGAGCUCAGCCCGAUGCAGAAGAAAUAUUACAAAUUCAUCCUGACGCGAAACUUUGAGGCUCUGAACUCCAAAGGUGGAGGGAACCAAGUGUCCCUGCUGAACAUCAUGAUGGACCUGAAGAAGUGCUGCAACCAUCCCUACCUGUUCCCUGUGGCUGCUGUGGAGGCUCCUGUGUUGCCAAACGGUUCGUACGAUGGUAACCAGCUGGUGAAGUCCUCGGGGAAACUGACGCUGCUUCAGAAAAUGUUGAAGAAGCUCAAAGACGAAGGACACAGAGUUCUCAUCUUCUCUCAGAUGACAAAGAUGUUGGAUCUGCUGGAGGACUUCCUGGAGUUCGAGGGUUAUAAAUAUGAGCGUAUUGAUGGAGGGAUUACUGGAGGCUUGAGGCAGGAGGCCAUCGACCGCUUCAACGCACCGGGCGCUCAGCAGUUCUGCUUCCUGCUGUCAACACGAGCGGGAGGUCUCGGCAUCAACCUCGCGAGCGCAGACACUGUCAUCAUCUACGACUCCGACUGGAAUCCUCACAAUGACAUCCAAGCUUUCAGCAGAGCGCAUCGUAUCGGUCAAAACAGGAAGGUGAUGAUCUAUCGCUUCGUGACCCGGGGCUCGGUGGAGGAGCGAAUCACUCAGGUGGCAAAGAGGAAGAUGAUGCUCACCCACCUGGUCGUGCGGCCCGGUCUUGGCUCCAAAACCGGCUCCAUGUCCAAACAAGAACUGGACGAUAUCCUGAAGUUUGGCACCGAGGAGCUUUUCAAAGAUGAAAUAGAAGCCGCUCGAACCAUGGGCUCUCUCAGCAAAGGUACCUCUCAUCAACCAGGUGACAACAAAGAGGGCGAGGAGGGGAAUGUGAUUCAUUACGAUGACGAUGCAAUCUCGAAGCUGCUGGACCGCAGCCAGGACGCCACAGAAGACACCGAGAUCCAGAACAUGAACGAGUACCUGAGCUCCUUCAAGGUGGCUCAGUACGUGGUGAAGGAGGAGGACGGGGAGGAGGAGGUCGAGCGGGAGAUCAUCAAGCAGGAGGAGAAUGUGGAUCCUGACUACUGGGAGAAACUCCUCCGCCAUCACUACGAGCAGCAGCAGGAGGACCUCGCUCGCAACCUGGGCAAAGGCAAACGCAUCAGGAAGCAGGUCAACUACAACGACACGACCCAGGAGGACCAAGAAUGGCAGGAUGAUCUUUCAGACAAUCAGUCGGAGUACUCUGUGGGGUCCGAGGACGAGGACGAAGAUUUCGAGGAGAGGCCUGAAGGUGGACGCAGACAUUCACGUCGACAGCUGAAGGGGGAAAAAGACAAACCUCUGCCGCCCCUACUGGCACGAGUCGGAGGCAGUAUUGAGGUCCUGGGCUUCAACGCUCGUCAGAGGAAAGCCUUCCUCAAUGCCAUCAUGCGCUGGGGGAUGCCCCCUCAGGAUGCCUUCAACUCCCACUGGCUGGUCAGAGACCUGAGAGGGAAGAGUGAGCGCGAGUUCAGGGCCUACGUGUCUCUGUUCAUGAGACACCUGUGUGAGCCGGGGGCAGACGGAGCAGAAACCUUUGCCGAUGGAGUCCCCCGUGAAGGACUGUCUCGUCAGCAUGUUCUCACCAGGAUCGGAGUCAUGUCUCUCGUCAGGAAAAAGGUGCAGGAGUUUGAGCAUGUAAAUGGAAAGCUGAGCUCCCCAGAUCUGAUUCCCAUCGGCAUGGAGCUGAAGAAGCUGACCGAGAGUUUGUCCUCCGAUCCAAACACUCCUGUGCCGGCCAGCCCCGUCGCCACGCAGCCCGGCACUCCUGUCCCUCCAGAGAAGACUGAGUCUCUGCUGGGUUCAUCAGAGGACAAAGAAACCACAGAGCAGGACGGCAAGAAACUCUCAGAGCAGGAGCAGACGUCCAGCUCAGACGCAGCACCUGCACCUGAGAAGGCAGCUGACAGUGAGGAGAGCAAGGCCAGCUCUGAGGAGAAAACGGCAGACGAGAGGGACAGAACUGAUUCGCCCAACACAAAGACAGAGCCAUCUGCCAACCAAAAAGAGUCGGCUUCAAAACAGACAGAGCUGUCAUCCAGCCAGACGUCUCCUAAAGUGGAGCCCUGCAAAGAAACAGAGAAGUCUUCAGACAAAGCAGACAAUGAUUCCCCUCCUGCAAAGACUGAAGACAAAGAAAAUAAGCCAGACGACGUGAAGAGUGAAGAGGCGAUAGAAGGUCGAUUGAACGGAGACAAAGACACUCUGGAUGAGAUCGAUGAGAGCAGGAAGGAGGACAAAAAUGGAUACAGAGCCAAGUUUAUGUUUAAUAUUGCAGAUGGAGGUUUUACAGAGUUACACACCCUGUGGCAGACCGAAGAGAGAGCGGCGCUGUCGUCUGGAAAGAUGCAUGACAUCUGGCACCGUCGCCAUGACUACUGGCUGUUGGCUGGCAUUGUAACACAUGGCUACGCUCGCUGGCAGGACAUUCAGAACGACCCCCGUUAUGCGAUUCUCAAUGAGCCCUUCAAGACGGAGAUGCACAAGGGGAACUACCUGGAGAUGAAGAACAAGUUCCUGGCUCGUCGUUUUAAGUUGUUGGAGCAGGCUCUGGUGAUCGAGGAGCAGUUGAGGCGGGCAGCAUACCUGAACAUGACCCAGGACCCGAGUCACCCGGCCAUGGCUCUCAACACUCGCUUCACUGAGGUGGAAUGUCUGGCAGAGUCCCACCAGCACCUGUCCAAAGAGUCUCUGGCCGGGAACAAGCCUGCCAACGCCGUGCUGCACAAAGUGCUGAAUCAACUGGAAGAGCUUCUGAGCGACAUGAAAGCUGACGUAACUCGACUGCCCAACAUGCUGUCCAGGAUCCCGCCGGUGUCGGCCCGUCUGCAGAUGUCUGAGCGGAGCAUCCUGAGCCGCCUCACCAGCCGAGGGAACGAGCCCCCGCCGCAGCAGACGUUCAGUCAGGGCGGCUUCGGCUGCUCUCAGAUGUACAGCGGCAGCUUCGGAGGAGGCUUCAGAGGACCGGGUGGACAGCCCAUGGUCAACUACAGUCAGAUGCCUCUGGGACCCUACGUCAGCGUUUCCUCUAACGGCCCUCCGCCCCCUACAAGCCAUCUGGAUAAAAAGUCACUCGACUCCUUGAGAGACGUGGCGACGCCUGACCUCAAGUCAGGCAAACCCAGUGAUGUCAUCUGUAUUGAAGAUUAGAUCAGCUCUGUGUCACUGAGAUCAGACGCCCUUUGGGGAUGGGGUCUGUGUGAAUGAAAGCCGUCUCCUCCGCCAUGUCCUCCUCUUUUUUUCCUCCGACUUUAAAUCUUCUAACUCGAGCUCUCUGUCUGCGGAUAAGAUGAUUAACUUUUUUGAUUAAUGCAGAUGUACCUAUCUUAACACUUGCACUUUUAUCUUUCAAGGACUCUGUAGAAGUAUUUCAGUAGAUGUUUGCUUUCAUGCUGCGGAGCGGAGGAUUAGGAGAAAGCUGAUUUUAUGAAAGACGAUUUUGUCCCCCCCUUCCCCCUCCAUCCCUGCAGAACAAGGUGAAACUCAAGGAAGCUGGCAUGACUUGAGAGUCUGACGCUCAUGAUUGAGGCUCAUUUUAAUCUACAAAUGUGUGUUUUGUUGGUGCCAGCUUCGACUUUUGUUUCGUUCUCUGCGCCUCCUGUUUCGUUUUUCACUACACUGUGACUGUGCCCAUCAACGAGAAAGGAGCGGAUUUAAGGACAAUUUUAGUCACAGUCCGAAAAGUCAGAGGGCCAACAUUGUCAUUUUUAAAUGAAUUCUUGUCAUUCAUGUAGUAACCAGUGGAUAAAUUAUUGAUCUGACAGCAUCAGAAGCUAUGAUCAUGUAUGCAGUAGCUGGACACACAGUCUGUCUGAAUCCUCGAAAGACUGCCACCCGCUGGUGAAAGUGGAGAAAGUGAGUCCUGCUACACCCGCAGACACAUUUUGACUGCCAGAUGCUGGCUGGGAGGGUUGGCUUCUUGUACUGUAUAUACUCAGAGACUGCUGUUUAUUUUACCUCACAUAGGUCUAAUCUUAGUGAAAUAUGUACACAAACAUGGAAGAAAUCAGUGGAAAUGAAGAUCAAGCGAAGUCAAAAAGAAGCUACAGAAAUGAUUUUUAACACAUCUCAAGAGAAGACUGAGUAUUACUGUGUACGGUACGAUAUUUGUGAUUCUUACUAUAUUUGAAUGUUAGUAGUGGCUGUAGAGCUUAACCCCCAGGCCAGGACCAGUGGGACUGCACUAUAAACAGGAAACUCAUCUGGUCGACAUCCACAGACGGGGGCUAACUGAAAACACUCCUGAGUGGAGGGUGGAAGCUUUUUCUUUUUUUUCUCUCCUCUUACUUACAUCCAGGGACUUUCCCAGCUCUCUGUCAUUGUUAGAAACUGAAUAAGAUCACGCGUGCUUCAGGCGCAGUCUCACUUUAAGUCUCAAGAUGAGCUUUUUGUUAGCUUCUUUUUAUGUUAAGGUAAAAUAAGACGUUCUAUGGUUACUUGGUGCCACUUUAAAAAGAUAAUCCAUGUAUUCUUUUGAUGCACUGUUUCCUUCACUGAGGUGCAGACUGUAAUUCAUCGUAAUCACACGGAGGCCGUUUUUACUCCGACGUCACACUCAAGAACAGGAACCACAAAUGCUUAAAAAUGUGAACUGCUGGGGCGCUGACGGCCUACUGUAGCUUCACACCUCAUGUACGGAAGCUGUAAUCCUCCAAGCAGGCGGCCCGGGUUCAAGUCCAAUCCUUGGCUACUUACCCACAUCUCAUUUCCCUCUCUCUCUCUCUCUCGAUUUCCAACUCUAUCCACUGUCCUGUCUAACUAAUGGCAAAAAUAACAAAUAUACGACUUCAAAUGAGUGAGAAAAAAGAAGUGAACUGCUGUGUUUCAGUUUUCAAAAUGUAGAAAUGUGGGGAGUUUGACAAUUUCCAUUUCGAUGCUUCCCUACUGAUAAGCAACAGGAGAGACGAUGAAUAGUGAAUAUUUCAUCAAUUUGAGAUUACAGAGGAUAAAAUCAAACAAAGCUCAUCUCUUAAAGAAGUGGUUCUCAACUCGUCUAGCCUCAGGACCCACCACCAACUCCACCCUGAAAAAACAUGACCCACAUUUCUGAUAUGUUUCAACCUAUCAGAUUUCAUUGAAAAAAAAAAUCUGCAGUUUUUGCAGUUUGCAGCUUCUGUCAAAUGUUUCAUGUCGCUCAGACGAUGCAAAACAUCUGAAACUGAACACAACAAACAUGGUUAAAAAUGCGCUUGACAAACGGUUUGUGGCCAAGUUUUUUUUCAGGCCCAUGCUCGCGACCCACCAGUUGAGAAUCACUGUCUUAUAGCUUUACAUGUAGAACAGAUCUUGAACUUAGUACCAAUCAAAGACAAAAGUAACACUUUUGAUAACCCAUUAGCUCCCAUUAAAAGCAGCUAAAGUUAGCAUUGAAGUACUACUUAGCUAACAAAACAAUGUUUAUUAUGCGAUUUAAAAGGCUUAAAUUAAUUCUGAAAUAUCCACCUACAUCAUGGACUGAGUCAUUAAAACCUGGAAGUAAAUAAAACACUGGAAUUUAAAAAAAAAAAUGUUUCAGGAAACAAUAUCAAAUGGUAAUGUUAGCUAGGAGGUGGUUGAAUGCUAAUGUUAGCUGAUGUUAAAUUGUGGCUAAAUGGUUUCGAAUAGCUUGAAAAUUGACUAAUUUCCCUCCUAAGUUCAAUUAUACAUUUAAUUAAAAGUUGCUUAUUAAUCUGGAAACUAUGAAAUGUAAACCAUUGGUCAGAAUUGUAAAUACAAUUGGAACACAGCUGUAUGACAUCAGCAGUAUUUUUACUCCCCACCAUUAGCUUAACGACAGAGGAAAAUAGCCGCCGUGAGAAUGUUGAAUCGUUUGUGUUGCAGUCUUCACUUGAUUUUGAUAAUACUUGCUGUUUAAGGACCACCGUUGAACUGCAUUACUUUAAAAAUGCCCCAGCUUCCACUUAUGUUAGGGUUUCUUAAAGAGUGUAUGUUACCUCUUGCUGUACCUGAAGUGAAGGCAUGUUAGCAUCGUUGCGCUAGGCUACAUAUCGUGUCCAUUCCAUCUGCUUCUAUUAAUGUUCAAAGGUGACUGUCCACUGAGUCUAACAAUCUUUACAAUUCAAGCUUUCUACCUUACCUUUUCAAUGAAGGCUUUGCUUGAAUGUUCGGACUAACGGUGCAAACUGCUACGACACGUGUCUUUUUUUCCUCCUUUCUUCCAAAGACCAGUGGCAUUUACUUGUUUUAUUAUUGUUAGUGCCAAUGCAGCAGGAUGUGAAGACUGUGACUGGACAAAUCUAAGCUGAAGAGGUGGCAUUGUACAGAGUCCAUGGGUGUAUUUUCUUACUUGUUUUCCAUUUCAAAUCCUUAGCUAAAUUUAAUGUGCUGAUUUUAAUCGGACUGAAUUUGAACGCACCAUAAGGAAAAAAGAGCUUCAUGCCAGUUUUUGCACAAUUCUUUCUGAGUGUUGAUCAGUGCUGUUAUGUUCUUUGUUUCGCCAUCGAUUACUUGACCAUGACAUGUAUUAGGUUUCUCGACAGAUAGAACCUCAGAAACAUGUAAAUACUUGAAGGAUUUUUUUCAGAUACUGUAAGUCCAUCUCAAACAGAUUUAUGUAUCAAUCUGAAGAAAAAAAACAAGAUGAAUGUCUGCCGGAUGGUGUUGCCAUGGAAAUGCAGUGUGCACAGUACAGUAUGUGCUCAUCAAUCAAAAACCUUCUCCCUUCUGGAGGGAAAACGUCAAAAACAAAAAUACUCUGAAAUAAUGCAAUCAAACUGAAGUCGGUAUGAAUGUAACGUCUGUACGAAGAAAAAAAAAAGGCUUCAGUCUAAUAUAAAUAUGUUAACAAUGUAUGUACAUGCUUAUCAACAUGGCUUCAAAAGCUACCAAAAGACCCUGAUUAAAGGCACCUUUGUUGCAGCGAAUGCACAGCAUGUGAAGCGUUGGGUUUGACGCUCCACUUCCAGGAGGCGAUGUAGUGUAUCUAGCAUUUACAGACAAUGGCAAGCAGUGUUAUGGUUCUGAUAUUUGUGCUGUAUAGCAAAUUGAAUGAAAAAAAGUGAAUCGUCAUCUUUUUAUUUGUAUCCUGUGUAUUUGUUCAACGUGUUUUAAUAAAUCUUCUGGACAACA